ACUUCGUCUUCUUUUUUAAUUCCUGUCUGAAAUUUUCAAAGAAUCGCUGUGAGGUGUUUUGUGAUUAGUUAUAAAUACUCCAUUAUUGUUAUAACUGUUUCGUGAUUAUAUCUAUUAAUACUCUGCUAUAUAUUGUUAUAUAACUUAUAUAACUCGAAUUGUAUCGUGUGAGAGAGUUUACAUUACACAAAUAGAAAUAACAUUCAAAAUGGGAAGAGUUGAGUAUUUGGCCAUGAAGACUGAGGAGGAAAUGACGGGAAAUCUGAUCACUGCCGAUCUGAAUGAGUUUGUCGCCGCCGCGAAGAAGCUCGUGAAAGACGCAGCGAUGCUUGGUGGCUUAGGCUUUGGCACGUCUUUCCUCCAAUGGGCCGCUUCAAUAUCCGCCAUUUAUCUGUUGAUACUGGAUCGUACCAAUUGGAGAACCAAAAUGUUGACUACCCUUUUGGUGCCAUACAUCUUUUUCACACUUCCGUUCGUUAUCUUCAACUUCUUGAGGGGAGAUUUUGGGAAAUGGAUUGCUCUCAUCGCGGUCACAAUAAGGCUUUUCUGCCCUAAACACUUUCCAGAUUGGUUGGAGAUUCCGGGAGCAUUGGUACUUCUUCUAGUGGUUGCACCUAGCCUCAUAGCUGGGACACUAAGAGAAAGUUGGGUUGGUGCAGUAAUAUGUCUUGUAAUAGCAUGUUACCUUUUCCAUGAACACAUUAAAGCUUCUGGUGGAUUCAAAAACUCUUUUACUCAGAAGAAUGGAAUCUCCAACACCAUCGGGAUCGUUGCCCUCCUCGUUUACCCGGUUUGGACCAUCUUUUUCAACAUCUUUUAAGCAUAGGCCUCUAGGCACAUUCAACAUUUUUGUGCCUUGCUUUCAUUUUUAAAGUGUGGAUUGCAGCAUGUGUUUCAAGAUAUCUUGAAUAAACAACAAAAGAAAUUUCAAGUGUGACUUGUAAGAUAUAUUGGAUUGUAUAUUUCCUUGUGUGUUGAAUGAACUCUU